AUGGCCCUGCGGCCGCCGGGGGAGACCGGACCCCAGGACAAGGGAUACUACCCGCCCGACUGGCUCCAGGGCAGCCCCCAACACCUGGCUGCCUACUACACGCCUUUCCCGGCUUACGGCCUCUACGGGAACACCCUGACCGCGACGGAGGAGGGCUUCCAGCCUUUCCGGCCGCUGGAGGCCCUGGCCGCGUCCCCGGCUCUGCCCCCCUUCGGCUUCCGGACCGCGCCUCCCUUGCUGAGCCCGGGCCUGGCCCUGCCGAGGGAACCUCUGUGCGACCUUCCCUGGUACAGCAAGCUGCCGGCCUGGUACCCAGUUCCCCACCUCCCCAGGGAGGGGCCGCACUUCCAGAACGGCAGUCGCGAGUUUACCGCCGCCGCCAGCGAGGGCUUGGUACACACCGCCGGCCGGAGCGACGGUGGCCAGUGUUGGAGACCUGAGACUUUCGCUCCGCCGCCCCCCGUAGAUGCUUCGUUGUUACCUGAGAGGCCGAAGCCCUCGCAGCUGUUAUCGGGGUCCCCCAGCGAGCCCUCUGAGGAUGGCCCCAAACUCGUGAACCGAGAGGGGAAGGCUUCUCGCCGCUACCACUUCACCCAGGAAGAUCUGCACUUGGUUCUGUACGGGGUCAUCCCCAGCCCGCAGCACUCAGCCCACCUGCACCACGCGAUCUCGGGCCUCCUGAUCCCCACCGACAGCUCCGGGGCUGAUUCUCUUCCUCAGACUCUGGAUAAGGACUCCCUUCAGCUACCAGAAGGUCUCUGCCUCCGGCAGACGAAGUUUGGUGACGUUGCACAUUUUGGGGUGUUCUGCAGCAGUCUUGUGGCCAAAGGAGUCAAGUUUGGGCCCUUUCAGGGUAAAGUGGUCAACACCAGCGAAGUCAAGACACACGGAGACAAUUCCCUGAUGUGGGAGAUCUUCGAAGACGGUCAGUUAAGCCACUUUAUUGAUGGGAAAGGAGGUGCAGGGAACUGGAUGUCCUAUGUCAACUGUGCCCGUUUCCCAUCGGAGCAGAACCUGGUGGCAGUACAAUGUCAAGGGCAGAUCUUCUACGAGAGCUGCAAGGAGAUCUACCAGAACCAGGAACUCCUCGUGUGGUACGGAGAUUGCUAUGAGAAGUUUCUGGACAUUCCUGUGAGCCUGCAGGUCCUCAAGCAGGGGAAGCAGGCGUCUGGGUCCUCCGAAGAGUCUGCGGAAGGGUACAGGUGUGAAAGAUGUGGCAAAGUAUUUACCUACAAAUACUACAGAGACAAGCAUCUAAAGUACACGCCCUGUGUGGACAAGGGUGACAGGAAAUUUCCCUGUUCUUUAUGCAAACGAUCCUUUGAGAAGAGAGACCGGCUCCGGAUCCACAUCCUUCACGUUCAUGAGAAGCAUCGGCCUCACAAGUGUUCCACAUGCGGGAAAUGUUUCUCUCAAUCUUCCAGUCUAAACAAACACAUGAGAGUCCACUCUGGAGACAGACCCUACCACUGUGUGUAUUGUACUAAGAAAUUCACUGCCUCUAGUAUACUCCGCACGCAUAUCAGGCAGCACUCCGGGGAGAAGCCCUUCAAAUGCAAGUACUGUGGUAAAUCUUUUGCAUCGCACGCUGCUCACGACAGCCAUGUCCGGCGCUCGCACAAGGAGGAUGAUGGCUCUCCCUGUAACACCUGUGGAAAAACCUUCUCAGAUCAGGAAGCCUUCCAGUCCCACGUGAAGUCUCAUGAAGAUUGCUAG